GCAGGAUUGCAGGUCGCUGCCCCUGAGUUAGCAGGGACCGCUCUGCCUCUGGAGCUGUGGGAUGGCCAACCUUGGCAGCGGGGGCCGCGGCCGGGGGCUGCCCGGCGAGCUGUCGGAGCAGGCGCAGCGGCGGCCGGGGCGGAAGUCCCUCACCCGCCAUCUUCCUUUCUAGUGACGCCCUCGGUGCGGAUCUGCCCUGACACAGAGGGAGUCAGGGUGGCUCGACCUCCGCAGCCAUGUAACCCCCUUCCCGCAGGAACGGUUUUGAUGCCGAGGCUCGCACGGGUGCCGACUUGGUGUCCCAUGUCCCGAGUGCCGGCGAGCCGGGCGGAAGUCCCUCUCCCGCCGUCGCGGGGCCGUCCCGUCAGCUGAGGGAGCCGGGGCGCCCGAGCCUCAGCGGCGGUGCGGGGCGAGCCGCUGUGUGGCCGCUGGAGGCCAGAGCGCAGGCAUGAUAACCUGUCUAUUGGAGACCGUGGGACAUUAGCCACCUAAUAGUAUUGGAUUAGUGUUAAUCUGUCUUUAAUUCCAAUAGGCUCUGUGACCUUUGAAGAUGUGGCUGUAAACUUCACUGUGGAGGAGUGGGCUUUACUAGAUCCUUCCCAAAAGAAGCUGCACAGAGAUGUGAUGGAGGAAACCUUCAGGAACCUGGCUGCCAUAGGUAUAAAUGAGGAAAAACACAAGAAGACCAGCACAUAGACAAUGACCACAGAUAUUCCAGAAGAAAUCAAAGAAAUGAAGAUGUAGAAAGACUGUUGGAACAUAACAAAGAUAGUGAAUGUGAAGAUAUCUUCAGACAGAUUCCCAACACCAUUGUGAACAGGAAAAUUUCUCAUAGAACAAUAAUUUGUGAAAGUCAUGUGUAUGAAGACAACAUGCUCAUUGGUCAUUCAUCUCUUAAUGUGUCUAUGCCUCUUCAGACUACACACAAACCUCAUCAAUAUGAGCUAUGUGGAGAGAGACUCUUUAAGAUUGGGGAAUGUGAGAAAGCCUUCAUUUAUCCAGAAUGCUUUCUGAAGGGUGACGACACUGACACUGAACAGAGCUCCUAUGAAUUUAACCAGUGUGAGAAAAUCUUCAAAAGUAAUGGCUGCAUUCAAAUACGUGUGAAUAAUGAAACUAGAGAAGAAAUAUGUAUGGAUAAGCAGCAUUAUAAUGCCUUUACUUAUCCUGAUUUUCUUCAGUAUGUUGAAAAGAUCCACACUGGAAAGAAACCCUAUGUAUGUAAACAAUGUGGGAAAACCUUUUCUUUUUUGAGUAACAUUAGAAGACAUGAACGAACUCACACUGGAGAGAAGCCAUACAAAUGUAAUAUAUGUGAUAAAACCUUCACUUGUUUAACUAACUUUCAAGAACAUGAAAGAACUCACACUGGAGAGAAACCCUAUUUAUGUACACAAUGUGGGAAAUCCUUUUCUUUUCUGAGUAACAUUCGAAGACAUGAACGUACUCAUACUGGAGAGAAACCAUACAGAUGCAAUCUAUGUGGUAAGGCUUUCAGUUACUUGACUAACUUUCAAGACCAUGAAAGAACUCACACUGGAGAAAAACCUUAUGUGUGUACACAAUGUGGGAAGGCUUUUACUUACUACUAUUCUUUUCAGACACAUAAACGAUGUCACACUGGAGAGAAACCCUAUGUCUGUAAGCAGUGUGGGAAAGCCUUCAGUUAUUACAAUUCUAUUCAGACACAUAAACGAUGUCACACUGGAGAAAAGCCCUAUGUAUGCAAGCUGUGUGGGAAAGCCUUUACCACUCUCAGUUCUCUUCGAUAUCACGAGAGGAUUCACAGUGGUGAGAAGCCCCAUGUAUGUUUGCAAUGUGGAAAAGGUUUCAAUUCUUCCAGUACCCUUCGAAUACACGAAAGGACUCACACUGGAGAGAAACCCUAUAAAUGUAAGCAGUGUGGGAAAGUCUUUAGUGUUGACAGUUCCCUUCGAUACCAUGAGAGGAUUCAUAGUGGGGAGAAACCCUAUGUAUGUAAGCAGUGUGGAAAAGCCUUCACUCGGCACACCUCCCUUCGAUGCCAUGAAAGGAUUCACUGUGGGGAAAAACCCUAUGUAUGUAAGCAGUGUGGAAAAGGUUUUAUUUCUUCCAGUAACUUCCGAAAACAUGAAUCAACUCAUUCUGGGGAGAAACUCUGUGUAUGUAAACAAUGUGGUAAAGCCUUUACCGAUCAUAGUUCACUUCGAAGGCAUGAAAGAAUUCACAGUGGGGAAAAACCCUAUGUAUGUAAGCAUUGUGGAAAAGGUUUCUCUUCUUUGAGUGGUUGUCAAAGACAUGAACAAAUUCACACUGGUGAGAAACCCUAUGUCUGUAAGAAUUGUGGGAAAGCCUUCACUAAUCCCAGUGCCCUUCGAAAUCAUGAAAGGAUUCACAGUGGUGAAAAGCCCUAUGUAUGUGAGCAGUGUGGGAAGGGUUUUAUUUCUUUUAGUAAGUUUAGAAUACAUGAACGAAUUCAUACUGGAGAGAAACCAUAUAAGUGUAAACUAUGUGUGAAAGCCUUUACUGGUCAUAGUUCCCUUCGACGUCAUGAAAGGAUUCAUAGUGGAGAGAAACCUUUUGUGUGUAAACAGUGUGGGAAAUCCUUUUAUACUUUAAGUGAUUGUCAAAGACAUGAACAAAUUCACACUGGCGAGAAACCUUACAUUUGCAAGCAAUGUGGGAAAGCCUUUACUCGUUCCAGCUCCCUUAAAAUACAUGAGAAGACUCACACUAGAAGGAAAUCCUAAGUGUAGAACAUGGGAAAUUAUUCUUAACAUGGCAAUGCAUAGGGCAGAGAACAAGUGUCAUGUUGUCUGAAGAAAUGCCUUUAGUCAUGUUGGCUGUAUUCACAGACAUGCUACUACAUACUAUAGUGAGAAAUCAUAAAUGGAUGUGCAGAUGUCUUCAGUUGGUGGACCUCUGAAAAUUUACCCAGUAUCCAAACUUGUAUAACAAAGUUAUCAGCUAUGAAACAGUUUUCAGGAUUUUGUGAAAGUUCCUUAUGUAAUAGAAUUAAUUUUUUUAAGAUUCUUAUGAAUAAGUUUGAGAAAGAAUAUUGUAUUAAUUGGUCAAUAAUUGAUAAAAUAAGUCUCUGGAAUGUUUACUUCUAUUUUUUAUUCUGUAAAUAAUUUUUCAGAUGACUUCAUCUCUAACGUUUCUUUAAGCAGUGAGUCAGGAAUUUAAAAGGUAGUCUCUUUUUAGCCAAGUCAUGUAUAUUUUCAUAUUGGAUCCAUACGUAACACAAUGUGUUUCUAAGUUGUUUUAGAGUAAUGUUAAUGAACUGUUGAAAUGAAGUGUAUUUGUAGAACUUCUCUAUUGAGAUCAUGUAGCAGCUUCUUUGAUGUUUUUUGUCUUGUUUUAUUUUGUUAGGGUUUUAGGGUUUUUUGUUUUUAUUUUUUGGAACAAGGUUUCUCUGUGUAGCCCUAACUGUCUUAGAACUCUUUAGACCAGGCUAGCAUCUAACUCAGAGAUCUACCUGCCUCUGCCUCCCCAAUGUUGGUAUUAAAGGCAUGCACCACCAUGCCUGGCUCUUGAUAUUUCUACUGUAUCUUUUCUAUUCUUAUUUUGGCUCACAGUCCAUUAUGGCAGAGAAGUCAUUAAGUAGAAGAGUGUCUGUCAUUGUGCACACAGAAGUGAAGAGUGUGCCUUAUUAGGGAUCAGUUGAAGAUACAAGAAGGACACACAUUCUCAGUGACCUGCUUCUGCCAGCUAUGCCAUACCUCGUCCUUUUCACCACUCCCAGUUACUCUUUUGACUAGGGGAAAGCUCUGGUACUCGAGUCGUUUCUGGAAAUGACACAGCAUAGUUGUGCUAUUUUACUGUAACAUCUCAGUGCAGCCCAGUUGUUUACUUCUCAGGUAAUUUAACUUUGUGUUUUAUAUUUUCAUAUGUGUUUUCUUGAAAACUUUGCACAUUAGAGUUCUCAACCCUCAUUUGGUUGCUGAGUAUGCGUUUCCUGUCAUUUUCAAGCAUUCUUUACAUACCAUCACAUAACUAGAAAUAUACAAAACCAUGCUGGGCUUAUCUAAGCAUUUAUGUAUAUAUUCACAUUAAAAAUUAAACUGCUACAAAUGCUGUCAUAGUUUAUGAGAAAAAUGGGUUGUGAACCUUGGAAUGUUUACCAAGUGGGAAGAACUGUUAAGGACCAUGAGUGAUGACGGGUAACAGGCAAUCUGGAAAGCCAUUGUCAUAAAGUCACAAAGGCGUCCUCAUCAUCACAUUUCCAUACUCAGUAGCUCCUCAGCCCUGUGUCAAGGGGUGAAACGUGGAUGUCAACACUGAGGCACUCAUUACAUGCUACUACACUCUCGUAAAAGUAAACCUGCUGUCCUGGUCUGUCACCUGGGUACCCUGUCCCUUUAAGAGACAAGCCUGGCCCACUCCCAAUCUCCCUCCUCCUCCAGCUCUCCUCUCUCUGUCUGCCCUUCUGGAGAGGCAGCUUCGGCCUCUCUCCCUUCCCUUUGUUUCUCUUUCUUCUCUUCCGUUCCCCCUUCUCCCCCUUCCUCCAUAACUACUUACUCAUACUGUUCCCAACACCCCAGCUCUCUCUGCAUGGCAUAUCUGUUUGUCUCCCGCCUGCCAUGGCCUCAGGUCACCCAGCCUUGGGUCACCCACAGUGCAGCCUUGUGAGAGUGACUGCUAUUGUUUUAUAUGUAUAUGUAUAUUGUUUUUUAUGUAUAUAGCACAGGAUUUAUGCCAUACUAAUUGUUUUAUUUCCUAUGCUAUGUGAGUUUAUGUUUCCAUUUGGGAUUAUGGAACCUAAGGUCUCUAAUUCUUUCUUAGUACUGUCAGGUUUAUGUUUCCUGUGAUUAGGGGACUUGAAACAUACAAUGUAUGUCAUUCUGCUACUGUAU